CUUCCAGUUCCGGUCGUCCUCUCAGAUGUCAUUGUUGUGAUCUGAGGGUUAUUUCGUUUGCUUGCGGUCCCACAGAAUCUCAGCAUGUCGGGCUACACGGCGGAUGAGAAGCUCCGCGUGGAGCAGUUAACGAAACUCCGGCGCCAGUGGCUGAAGGACCAGGAGCUGAGCCCGCGCGAGCCGGUCCUCGAGCCCAAAGCGCCGGGUCGCGUGGCCAAGUUCUGGGAAGGAUUCCUGCAGCCCAGAUCCCUCUGGAAGCUUUACACAUUUAAAGUCUACAAUGCUGGCGUAUUUGCAGUCACACGUCUCCUGAUUCCGGCGUGGAUUAUACAUUACUACUUGAAGUACCACGUUUCUAAAAUGCCGUAUGGAAUUGUACAUUUGAAACCCCGGCUUUUCCCAGGUGACACCAUUCUGGAAACAGGAGAGGUAGUUCCCGACCUACCUGAGAUGGGGAGCCAUGGUCACCAUUAAAGAGUGAAACUUCAGUCCAUCAGAAAGCUCUGCUCUACCUUGCACAAUUAACAUCUUUGUCUAUAUACAUAAGAAUACUUAAUUCCAAUAAAAAUAUUUACAUAUGCUGUGUA